CCUGAUCACAUUAAGAUGAAUCUACCUAAUAAUUCAGAGUUUGCAAGCAUCACAGAACACAUUGAGAAGUGUGCAGACUUAAAGUCUGUGAUACAAGUUCUAUUAGACUUCAGUGAGAAGUGUUUGACUGAAACCUUGUUCUUGAUGGUUUUUUGUGUACAAGUAGGAAACUAUCAAUAAGAAUGGCUGAGAAAGCUCACAGUUUGCAGACAAAUGCAGAGUUAGUCAAAGCUGAUAAGAUUUCUGAGUUUGUGAUCAAAUCCAACAACACUUUGACCACCGAAAAUACAGUGAAAUGGUCCAAACUUACAGACACUUUUUGGUACAUUGAGCUGAAUUCAAAGCCUACUUGAAACACCAGCUACAGAAGCAUACCCAGUGGACUAGAAUUACUUGCUCAGAAUGUCCAGUGCCUGUUCCAUCUGGCUGGAAACUCAAACAGACUUCAGACAGCAACUUCGAACUCACACCCACAACCGAUUGGCUUGAGUUGGCUGAAGAAGCAGAACACCUCGGAAAGAAGUAUGUCCAGUCUGACAAUUCUCAGUACAAAGUUGUGUAUGAGAACUACCAGAGUCAAGACCACAAGUCGGUUUCGUGUAUCUCAGCUAAAGGCUCCAGCAACUCAUGAGACUCACCUGACAAUUCUGGUGAGAACUCAGAGUAUUUCUCUUUGGUUUCAGAUAAAGUUGAGAAACCUGUGAGUAAGCAGAGAGUCAUCGGGAAAGGACCUAAAAUCGCUUACAGGAAACUGAAUAAAUAGAAGUUACUCUUCAAAUGUCAGAGUCAGAGACAACACAGACGAAGUCAAGAAACAAAAUGAUCAAGGUACUCAUUCUAAUGCAUGGCACUGACCCUAUAGAGUUUGAUGCUCCGAUGCACAUGAGGAACCAGUAAUUUCGCGGACUCACUGUCAAAGAAAUGUCAAUUGUUCAGAUGCAAACAAAGCCUCAGCUCCAGUCAAAGUCAAAUCAAAGACAACUGAAGUCGAACUUCAGAAAGAACCUUGAGAUCAAGCCUACCAAGCUCAAAUAUUGUCCUUCUGGCCUUGUUGAUGUUUUUCAGAAAAAGACUGGUGAAGUUAACGCCAACUCAAUUUUAGGCAAACGAGUCAGUGAGAGUCUGAACAGAAGU